AUGGCUGCUAAUAACACCAGCAUGGAAUCCAAUUUCGUUUCUAUGAAGACAGUUGUGGAAUUCUUGAACGUUCAAGAUCAAUAUUGUUUCAAUGAAGAUUUGCAUUGUACAUACAAAUUCAAUGAUUAUUCCCCUCAAGAAGGAGACAGACUGGCUAUCUUCAAAUUGGGGUGGAAUUUUGUCAAAGAUUAUGUAGUCUUUGAGUGGGUACCCGUCGAAUCUGUUGGAGAAGAUAUUCAUUUGGUGGUGUUCAACAAGCAUAUUCUUCCUAAAAAUAAUGUUGAUAUCUAUCAGAUAUGCUACCUCAGUGGAGAAAAUGAAUUGUAUGGAGCAAGCUCACUAUUUCAGUUUUCUUCUCAGAAAGCUGCUGUCACAACUACAACUAGUGAUGCACCACCUCCUCCUACAUUAGCUCAUGAUGUGAAGCCUAAACCAAUUCCUAGAAUCAAUGAAGAUUCAGAAGUUAUAAAGGAUCUUAAAGAAGAAAAUCUCAUGCUGCGUACUACAUUAAAGUUUGUAGUUUCUCAGAAGAAUGAGCAAACAAAAAACUAUGAUGAAGAUAUAACUGAGCUACGCCAGAUUACAGACAGUCUCAAGGCAUCUUUAGAUCUCCAACAGAAAGAAAUCAACAUGUUGAAAACAAAAAUAAUGGAAGGGGGUGAAGAGUACAAGAAGUUGUACAUUGAAAAGUGCAAGAUUGAGAAGAAAUAUGAACAGUUGAAAAGCAAGAAGGAUGAAAAAUCAAAAACUGAUCUGAGUGACAAACUAGCCACUGUUGAUUUGCUUGAUUUCAAUAUUGAUGAACUGAGAUCUAUGCCUCCAUUCCCCUGCUUCAACUCACCUGGCACCUUAAGACUGGAUUGUGUACACCCCAAUGUUAAAUAA